CAGUUGCUAAGCUAGGUGUGUUGGAUGUGUCGUGAUGUUUUUUGUGAUUCGUGAAACGGCAUUGUUUAUUGUGUGUACAAAACAGGUAAAAGUGAAUCGUGUAACACCAUAAACAAACUUUGUGCUGCUUGUUUGAUAAGCCAGAAAAACUGAAACAGAAGAAGGAAGGAUAAACAAUGUCGCCGUCGGAUGAUAUUCUGUUGAUGCCACCGGUUGGUAGUAUUCAUAACCAAGGAAAACGACCGAAAUUGCCGUUUCUACCCGCCGUUCCACCUAAAAUGCCAAAAGAGUUGUUAAAAUACAAUAUAGCAUUCCAUAAUGCACCACUUACAGCUCUUCAGGGUGUUGUGGUAGAUGGAAGACAACCGCCAAUGCUUGAGGUGUCCCCACGAUGUCGAGUACGUUCUCAAGUUGGCUGCACAAAUCGUUGGAGGUUGCCAGAGUCUCUUGGAGGAGACCUCCUGGGCACUGCACAGGCUCUCAAGUCUCUUAAUGAACACUAUAGCAAAAGUAUCAUGGCCAUCAUGACAGCUGAAAACCCAGCCACUAGCACCAAUGUGGAUAUGCAUCAGCCUUAUUACAGACAAAGCAUCUCAGCUAGGCCCUCAUCACCAAGGAAAAAGGAAAUGUCAACUAAUGAUUUACAUGAUGAUAGCAAGAGAGCCUUGGCUACUGCUUCUGGAAGACUUACUGUAGGCAGCUCUAUUCCAAUCAAGAAGUACCAGCCCACAUCAGCAAGAAGUCCAACACCUCUUGACAUCUUCCAUUAUCAUUCAUAUCCAGUAAAGAAUAUGCUUGGACCAGAUAUUCUUUUCCAAUGUCUUGACACAAACUGGGAGCUCCACCGACCAUACAUCCAGAAGUCUGGAACACUGACUACACUCCUGCAACAAGUGGAAAAGGAACCCCAAAGAGAAUUGUACUACCGAGAUCCAAUGUGUGCUACUAUUGACCAGUACAUCAAUAAAAGCCAGUACUACAGCAAUGAAUACCAACAGAUCAGUCGACGACUUAGUAUGACAUCUUCUCCUGUGCAUGAGAAGCAAGAAACAUGCAAAGAUCAUCCAGAAAACACUCAUGCUAGGAAAGGUGUAGUAACUAAGCUGAAACUUAAAGUACAGGAUUCAUUUGUGACAAAAGAAGCUUUAGCAGUAGCUUUGGGUAAUUUAUAUCAUGAUGAAGUCAAAGUGGAUAAAUGCAACAUUGUUAGUGUACUUGCUUGCGCCUCAGUCUUGAAAUUUGAAAGUUUAAGCAAACGAUGUGAGCAAAUGAUGUUGGGUCAUGUGCAUGCUAGCACAGUCUGUUCGUAUCACUUUGCUGGUGUCAAGUACAAGGUUGGUAGCAUUGUGACAGCAUGUGAACGGUGGUUGGAACUUAAUUUGAUCCCACUUUUGUCAGUUCAGAUUCACUUAAGAGAGCUGCCACUCAUCCUUCUGCAGAGGUUACUCAAAUCAAGCAGGCUAUUUGUCUGCAAUGAAUAUUAUGUGUACAAACUGCUGUGUUACUGGAUCUUCCUGCAGAAUCAUCCACAAGUUAUGCUCAUGCCAUCACACAAUACUGUAGUUACUUAUUUCAACAGUUUACCUAAAACCUGUGCAUACAUAGAACGUGAGGAUGGUCAGGUAUACGCAGGACUGUUCAUGUCAUUGCGAAUGCACGGUAUCACUGACACUCGAAGUUUGGAUGAUAUGGUACGCAUGAAUGUGAUCCCUCAAGCCUGGGUUUUGACGAUAUUGAGCCAGCACUACCAGGCCUUGCAAGGUGGAGGAGAUAUGUCGUUGAUGCUUAACUUUGGUAAUGAUGCUAUUAGGACUGGUUUUGUCAUUGAGCAGCGCAAACAUACCGCCACUUUUGACGUUUACAUCAAACUUUCUUGGGAUAUUCAUCCAAACCCUGGCCCCGGUCCCUCAACAAAUAUGCAUUCAAACAACCGAAAUACAGCUUCCACAAGGUCCAAGCCUAGCAUGUUAUAUUUCAACGCACAUAGUCUUGCAAACAAGUUAAGCGAACUCCAAGUAACAAUUUCUACAGAAGCUCCUAGUUUAGCCUUCAUAACUGAAACCUGGCUUGAUACAUCUAUAUCAGACUCAGAGCUGUUACCCAUGCAGCAGUAUGCUAUCUUCCGUAGAGACAGGAAUCGGUAUGGAGGAGGAGUUCUUAUUGCUGCCCACAAAGAUCUUCAUCCUGUUUCGGCCCAUCAGUAUGAUGUUGAUGGAAUUGAAGUAACAUGAUCAAUAGUUUAUACAAAAAAGGGCAAAAUCUUAACUGGUUGUUUAUACCGUCCUCCUAACGCUAACAUUUCAUUUUUUGAUAAACUUGAAACAUGCACCUUUAUCAUAAGCGUGAUUCUUGCUGGUGAUUUUAAUAUUGAUAAGUUUAGAUCACGUAGCUUAUACAAUAGACUUGCUUCCAUUUUAGAUAUUUUAAAUUUUACCCAAAUUGUUCCUUUUAUAACUAGAAGGCAAAGUGACAGAAGUAAUAAUGGCACCCUCAUUGAUCAUGUAUAUAUAAAUCAAACAGAUAUUGUUGCUUCUAUAUUACCUCAUCCGGGUAUAACAGGCAGUGACCAUGACGGUAUAUUCAUUAGGUUUAAUAUUGCAUUUGUAAAUCACAUCAAUGUUGGGGGUUACUUUUUACAAUACUCUAAGAUAGAUGUGGAUCAUUUUAUUAAGACAUUUUCUGACAUCAAUUGGGAACCAUGCUUUCGUUCGAAUGAUUUAAAUGGGGUGUGGGAGGAGUUUAAGUCAAAGUUUCUACGUGCUAUUCAUAAUGUUGUUCCUAAGCGUAAGGCUAAAAGAAAACCUAAACAGCCCUGGAUAACUGAUGAAAUAAUCAAGUUUUCCAAGAAGAAAAAUCGUUUGUUUAAACCAAGGACUUUUAACUGUUACCAGAAUAGGAAGCUGGCUG